UGAGGAUUUGACGUCAUGGGAAAAAAUAUCGCCAUAAAAUUGAUAUCGAAGAUAGGGUAGAAGUUUCUCUUUUGAUUUUCCAUCGAGCGAAGGAGACGGAUUUUUCUCAUUAGUCCCGAUUAUUGCGCCUAUUUACGCAGUAAUUUACGUGUAAAACUCGAAUAUUCCAUUCUUUGUUGUUAAAAGAAGCGAGUAAGAGAAAGGUUUCAAGAUGCCACUUUAUCCAUCACUAGAAGAUAUGAAGGUUGACCAAAUGGCAAGAGCUCAACAUCAGAUGUCCCAUCCUCAUGUUGCUCCUCCUCCUUCUUACAAUGCUUCUGCUCCAACUUCUGCUUCUGCCCCAGAUCUGCCUUAUCCAAUUCAACCAGCUUCUACAGCUGAUGCUGAGAAAUUAAAAUCUCUGUAUCCAAAUUUGGAUGAAUAUAUGGGAUUAUCAUUAUCUCGUGAAGUAGUUUCUGCUCACUUGCCUAAUGUCGUUGCAACUUAUCCUGCAAGUCAAGUUGCCAUUCCAGCUCCAUCCUCUCAUCAGAUGAUAGCUCCACUUUCUGGUGAUUCAGUUGGAUUGAAGAGAGCACAAGUAACUCAUGGUAUUCGUGAAAUAACUAUUUGCAAAGAUGGAAAUGGGAAAGUUGGUAUGAGAGUUCAGCCUAUAGACAAGGGUGUAUUUGUAUCUUUGGUUCAAGCAAAUUCUCCUGCUGCCUUGGGUGGUUUGAGAUUUGGUGAUCAAAUUCUUCAGAUUAAUGGUGUGUUGGUUGCUGGUUUUAGUAUGGAUAAAGUUCAUGAUCUUAUUAAGAAGGCUUCUCCACAAAGUAUAUCAAUGGCUAUAAGAGAUAGACCGUUCGAACGCACCAUUACAUUGCACAAGGAUAGUGUCGGACACUGCGGAUUCGUUUUUAAAAACGGAAAAAUUACCGCCAUAGUGAAAGAUUCGUCGGCCGCCAGAAACGGUUUAUUAAUAGAUCAUCAUUUACUAGAGGUAAAUGGCCAGAAUGUGGUAGGACUUAAGGACAAAGAAGUAACACAAAUAAUAGAUGCUGGAGGAAAUGUUAUCACCAUUACCAUCAUGCCGUCGUUCGUUUACGAACACAUUAUAAAACGAAUGGGAUCGGGUUUGAAAAAUAAGAUGGACCAUUCCGUUCCCGAUAUGUAAUCGCCGUCGACUUCGGACUAAAUUCCAUUUUUAUUGAUUCACAGUAUUAAAAUCCAUCGGCAGCGUUUGCCCUUUAUAUCGCCAAGGUUAAAAAUUUUAAACGUAAUUAAUAGUCUAUAUCUUUUGUAAGCCAGGUUAUCGAAGAUCAGAAAUUUUGUUAAUGUAUUUACUAUUUUGUGUCUAUCCGAAAUGAUUAUUUUUACGACUAACCUAUAAUUAGCCGUAAUUAUUAUGUAUCGUUAACGUUUUGUUAUUUCUAUCGAUUUGUAAGUUUCGAUAUGUAAAAUAAAAUCUUAAAUGUUUUAAAUUUA